AUGUGGGAAUCUGGAGAUUUAGUGGAAGUAGAUAGAAUUUAUAUAAAGGUUCGCUACGAAGGCGACUCUGCUGAAUGUGACAAAUGCUUUGUAUCAACAUCACAGACAGCAGCUACUUAUUUGCAGGCUAUAACUCAAAAAUUCAAAAAAAUUGGCAAUGUAAUUGUAGAAGAGUACGUAUUACAAAAUAUUGUAGAAUAUGCACGCGGAGGUGAACCAGAUCUUGGCCCAGAUCCAGAAAUACUCAAGAAGACAUUAUUCCCAGUCUAUAGACAUGAAAAUAAUGUUUUCAUUAACUUUGAAACUAAUCCACUUUCACCAGCAGAGUGCUCUGAUCUUAUAUUUGAUAUCGCAAAGCCAAAAGAAUUAAUUAUUUUAUCAACAAUCCACAGAUCUUACUUCAUUCCUGAACCAAUAGAGCCCAACGUUGUUUAUACUAUCUCAAGCGACUCUGCAAAAACUACAUUCCCGGCUCCAAACACAGUUGGCGGAUUUUCUGCUUCAUUGUUAACAAAGUCUAUUACAUUGAAUGUAAAUUAUAACUUCCAAGCAGUUAUUGAGGAUGAUUCUGGCCCAACACCUAAAACAUUCGAAGCAUUCAAUAAGAUUUAUCCAGAAUUAAACGUAGAAAAGAUAGAUCUACCUCAAAAAGCUUUCGAUAUUUACGAGCUUAAGAUUAAUGAUCAUGGAUUGAUAUUUACAUAA